CCCAGUGAGGAUCAAACGGCAUCACCAUCAACCCCGUCGCAACGCAUCACCAACUUCCUAAACGAGGAAUAUAUUUUUAUAUUUAGACGGAUUUGGAUGUAGGAAAAAAUAAAUAAACAACAACUCAUAAUAGUGGUGAGGAUUAUUAUCAAGUUAUAAAUCAUUCAAGUGAUUUUCCUCAGGUGAAAGCCCCCCGCGUGUCAUUGAACAAUAUCCAAGGGGACACCUCCUGCCUCGGAGUCAAUACAUUUCCCUGUCCGGUGUGGGUAAGCUAUCGGAGGUCUCGGGACAACUACUCGGAGUUAAAUGCUGGGUACUUGUCCUGCCUGACGUGCUGGAUUCGGUCAGCUCUGCUCAUUCUAAACUAGCUCUUCUUUUGUUGCGCAUCCCUUUUGACUCUCCGCUGUACCAUAGUGAAAGUGUCCAUGCGGUGAUCUCGUGCCUCCAGAUCCGAACCCCCAGCGCGGGAGCAGAACGCCUAAUUGUUGCGCUUGGAGCUAAAAGGAUGCUUCACCUCUCGCGCCCGGAUGAUGUGAGACGUGAGCGCCGCACGCGGACCACUCGGAGACAACAACUCUAAACUGCCCUGCACGCGUUCUGGACCUCAAGGCGCGAUGAUUUUGGCAACUUUUCUGAUUGUAUUCUCCUACUUGGAUAUGAUAUCCACUCUGAAGGGCGACGGCACACCGUCCCGAUCCGCCAGCCGGCUGGACUGCGUAAAAGCCAGCGAGCAGUGCUUAAAGGAGUACACCUGCAGCACCAAGUACCGCACCAUGAGGCAGUGCGUGGCGGGCAGGGAGAGCAACUUCAGCGCGGUAACCGGCACCGAGGCGCAAGGCGAAUGCCGGAGCGCCAUCGAAGCCAUGAAGCAGAGCCCGCUGUACAACUGCAGGUGUAGACGGGGCAUGAAGAAGGAGAAAAACUGCCUGCGCAUCUUCUGGAGCAUAUUCGAGAGUUUACAGGGCAAUGAUUUGCUGGAAGACUCCCCGUACGAGCCAGUGAACAGUCGUUUGUCAGACAUCUUUCGUCUGGCUCCAAUCAUAUCAGGCGAGCCGGCCUCGGCCAAGGAGAACAGCUGCCUGAGUGCGGCCAAGGCCUGCAAUCUGAACGACACGUGCAAGCGCUACCGCUCGGCGUACAUCAACCCCUGCACCAGCCGCGUGUCUGUGUCCGAGGUCUGCAACAAGCGCAAGUGCCACAAGGCCCUGCGACAGUUCUUUGACAAGGUACCGGCCAAGCACAGCUACGGCAUGUUGUACUGCUCAUGCCCGGCAGGCGACCAAUCAGCAUGCGAGGAGCGCCGGCGCCAGACCAUCGUCCCCAUCUGCUCCUACGAGGACCGCGACAAGCCAAACUGCAUGUCCCUGCAGAACGCCUGCAAGACCAACUACAUCUGCAGGUCCAGACUGGCUGACUUCAUCAGUAACUGCCAGCCAGAGGCCCACUCUGUGUCGGGGUGUCUGAGGGAGAACUACGCAGACUGUCUCCUGUCCUACUCUGGGCUCAUCGGUACGGUGAUGACCCCCAACUACCAGCGGGCCUUGGGCCUCAGCCCCUCCCCCUGGUGCGACUGCGCCAGCAGCGGGAACAACCGUGCCGAGUGCGACAAGUUCUCAGACCUGUUCACCACCAACCGCUGCCUGCGGAACGCCAUCCAGGCCUUCGGCAACGGCACCGAUGUGGGAGUCUGGCAGCCCCAGCCUCCUCUCCGCUCCACCACGGCCCAGCCCGGCACCUCGCGGCGGGGCAAAGAGCCAUCCGGCCACGGCCUGGACCCCCUGACCCACGACAACACCCUGGGCCUGGAGGCUGACGCACUCUACAGCUUCUGUGGAUCCCUACAGGCUCAAAAACUGGAGUCAAACGCGACAGCGGACACCGCUCUGUGUGUGAAUUCAAAGCAAGACGAGCUGGCAGAUUCCCGCUCUGUUCCCAGAAGUUCUUCUUCUGGUCUCCCCCUCCCACGCUUCCCUGUGUUGCUACCUCCAGUGGUCCUCACCUUCAUGCCCUUCCUGUACCCUCCACCAGGGCUCCGACCCGGGCCCUAGGAGGACAGUCUGGCCCCUGGCCGGAUGGACAGAACCAACACCUUUCACUUUUCUGUUCGGACACUAUACAAUGUUUUUUUUUGCGUCGGUUCGUUUGGAAGAUGGAAGUGGCAGUCGGUUGUGGACGAGAUCGUAAUCUAUCUUCAAGGAAUUUCCUUAUUUUCUUAUUUUUGUUUCUUGUUUUGCUGCGGUUUUUGGUCUUCUAUAUGUUGUUGUGGCGUGGGGACAACACAUUAAUCUUCAGCAGAAUUUUAUGAAGACUGAGAAAGAAAAAAAAAACUUUAACAACUACAGUGGAAAAGUACGACUUAUCUUGCCCACCUUUUUGUGUGUGUAGGCUUGUCGGGCCCAAAUAAAUAUACAAACCAAAAAACUGAAACUAAAUUAAAAAAUACUGCUCAUCUCUUGGUUUUGAGAUGACCUAGUGAAGAUGUACAUGAGUGAAGAAACGCAGUUAUCUGGUGUGGAAACAGUACAUAGAAGACAAGAAUGCUCUUCAAAUUGAUAAAAAUGGAUUCUGACUGCAUCGUUCAUUGUUCAUUGUGCACACUGAAAUGCUGUUUAAAAAAAUCUGCAAAUGAAACAGACAAAUGUCGCUGUUAACUUCUCGGACACUGCUGUUGUAUUGUCAAUUUAACCCUGUCACUUCAGACUUUGUAUCAUUAAAGUCCAUUAUAUCCAAGGACGGCAUCUCAAGCAGAAAGAAAAGUAUGACACAAAGUGGAGAGAGAGCUAACAUUCAGUAUACGUUAUUUUCUUAAGAGUCUUAUCAAAACAAGGAUUACACGCAGUGGAGAACAGACAAUUGUUUCCUACAAAAACCUUGGUAAAAGGUCUUCUUUUGGGAACAUCUCAGCAGACAGUUGAAGGGUGCCAUUUUUUCUCCUACAAAAUUGAAAGUCAGAAAAAGGUUGUUUUUUGUUUGUUUCAGUCGCUGAAUUGAUGGAAUGUUGUGGUGGUUUGAUCACUUGCUUCUCGCAUUACCUCUCGUAACAUUUUGUACAUACGAUACUCUUAGAGCGCGCUGUUCUCCCCCUGGCAAGUGUUGCAUAGCGUUGAAUGUGUUUUUGCGACUGUUCAAGUAUCUGGUGUCGGAAGACUUGUCAACUUGAUUCAGUAUAACGAUAUGGUUUGUACAACAGUGUGUGUGUGUGUGCGUGCGGGUGUGUUUGUGUGUUUGUGUUUCCUUCCUUCUGCCAAUUAAGUAGCAAGUGAAACGGAACAUUAUCAAAAUAUCCUGACAUCUCUGAAAGACAAAUCAGGGUUAACAUUUUAGUGAAGAAUUUGAGCUAAUAAUACAUUCUAAAUUGUGUGUGCGUGUGUGUGUGUGUGUGUGUGUGUGUGUGUGUGUGUGUGUGUGUGUGUGUGUGUGUGUGUGUGUGUGUGUGUGUGUGUGUGUGUGUGAGUAGUUGACACCAUACUAUCUGUAUUAUAGAAACUCAGAGGAAUGUAGAAAAGUAGAAGGAUAAAAUAUAACAUUGUCUGAAUACCUGGGGUCUUGGCCUCUGAAAGUGUAAACAAUGUGUCCAAUAAAUUUGCCAUCUGUGACCA